UAUACGAAAAAGCGACAAGCCAGCACGACAUUUCUUUCUGGAAAUAGUGUAGUGCAUUAAACAUGCAUACAUAUAGAGCAGAAAGUAAAGUCAAAGGUAUCUUGAGAGCAACUAAACAACACACCCUUAGUUUGAGUAUGCUUGCUACCAUUUACAAGGCUCUGUAUAAAUUUGUUAGUGGGUACUUACCUUUUAUAAAAAUAUGCUCAAAUAAGCUCACAAAUGCCCUUAUCGCACCUUCCCCCACGCUUUUGUAUGAUAGUAAACCAGGCCAUCUUUUGUGAAGCAAAGAACAAAAAAUAUUGAGCAAUAUGUAGCAAGAAGCUGCUUUUCAAACAUUUGGACGCAUACCAUGUAAAUAUAAUAGCACAAAUGAGAGCAAGCCCUCAAAAUACUAUCAGCAUUUGCAAGAUACGCG